UCUCAUAGUCCCGCCAGUUCAAGGCGUCAGUUAAAUUUUGCCAUCGUCUACGACACUCUUGAACUGCGAGAAAAAUGGCUUCUGCAAUGGCGCAGAAAGACCGCAUCCUUAUCAAGGGUGGAAUUGUUGUUAAUGAUGAUGACAUGAUUGAAGCUGAUGUCUUCAUUGAGAGUGGAGUGAUCAAGGAAGUUGGCAAAAAUCUUGUUGUUCCUGGUGGUGCACGAGUCAUUGAUGCUCAGAAAAAACUUGUUAUGCCUGGUGGAAUUGAUACUCACACCCAUAUGCAGCUUCCGUUCAUGGGCACUGUUGCAAUUGAUGACUUUUACACAGGCACAAGAGCAGGGUUGGCUGGUGGCACCACUAUGAUAAUUGACUUUGUCAUUCCCAAGAAAGGAGAAUCCCUGCUAGAGGCUUAUGAAGUGUGGAGAAAAUGGGCAGAUGAAAAAGUGUGUUGUGAUUAUGCCUUCCAUGUUGCUGUUACUUGGUGGAAUGAUGAUGUUGGAGAUGAGAUGGAAACGCUUGUCAAGGAAAAAGGCAUAAAUUCCUUCAAGACCUUCAUGGCUUAUAAAGAUGUUAUGAUGCUUACUGAUGAAGAGAUGUAUCACUGUUACAGCAAAUGCAAGGAUAUUGGAGCCAUUGCACAAGUUCAUGCUGAGAAUGGAACUCUCAUUGCUGAGAAUGCAAAGAAGGUGCUUGCCCAGGGCAUCACUGGCCCUGAGGGACAUGAACUGUGUCGCACAGAAGAAGUAGAAACAGAAGCUUGUUUACGAGCCAUCACCAUAGCUAAUCAGCUAAACUGCCCCCUGUACAUUGUUCAUGUCAUGAGCAAGAGUUCAGCUGAUGCUAUUUGUGAUGCCCGGCGACGAGGCUGUGUUGUCGUAGGGGAACCAAUUGCUGCAAGUUUAGGAACUGAUGGAACAAAUUACUACCACAAGUGCUGGAGGCAUGCAGCAGGUCAUGUUAUGGGGCCCCCUCUAAGACCAGACCCAACCACACCUGGUCACCUCAUGGAUCUUCUUGCAAACGAUGACCUUCAGGUGACUGGAACAGACAACUGUACUUUCAGUGCAAAUCAGAAGGCUCUUGGAAAAAAAGAUUUUCGAAAGAUUCCAAAUGGAGUUAAUGGGGUGGAAGAUAGAAUGUCUGUAAUUUGGGAAAAAGGAGUGGCAUCGGGGAAAAUGGACCCAUGUCGGUUUGUUGCAGUGACCAGCACAACAGCCGCCAAGAUAUUCAAUAUCUACCCAAGGAAGGGCCGUAUCGCCGUAGGAUCUGAUGCAGAUGUCAUUGUAUGGGACCCUGAAGCCACACGAGUUAUAUCUGCCAAAACUCACCAUCAAGCAGUAGAUUUCAACAUCUUUGAGGGAAUGGAAUGUCAUGGGGUGACGGAAGUUACCAUCUGUCAAGGAAAAGUGGUUUAUGAACAUGGAGAGCUCAACGUAGUGCGUGGAUCGGGACGGUUUAUACCUACUCCACCCUACCCAUCGUAUAUGUAUGGCCGAAUCUUGAAACGAGAUGUGACUCGUAAACUGGUCAAAGUUGAGAGGGAGCCGUACAAUGGUCCCGUGAUAGAGAUACCCUUUUCGGAGCCCAUACCUGUUGUGUCCCCAUCGCAGCGCAAACAGAAGCAACAAGAGCAGAAGAAAAGUGGUGCCGCGAGAGACCUUCACAAGUCUGGCUUUGAGCUCUCUGGUAAACAAGAUGAUGAUAAUGUGCCCGGGAGAUCUUCUACCCGCGUUUGUAAGCCGCCUGGUGGUGGUUCCUCGCUGUCACUGAGCUGAAAAGGCUCCGUGCUGGACUUCUUCGAAAAUAAUUUACUUUUCUUGAACAUCGUCAGGGAUCACGAAGUGGUUCAUCAAUUUUGACAGCUUUAACGUGUUUACCAAAUAACCAGUAUUUCCGAAGUGGGUGCAAAUUUACGGCUUUUGUGAAACACUGUAUUCAUAAGUUUCAGGUCUAAUUUAAAGAGUCAAGCAUUCUUCAGUUGACUGUCGAUUUUUAUCUGGAUUGGCUCAGUUCGAUAAAGUUUAACCUGUGAUCGGUUUUGGAAACUUCAAACACCUUCUAGACCAAUCACAUACAAAACGUAAACCAAUCGUCAUCCAGAUUUCAUGCGCUCAUGUGGCGCCGACGUUUUCAUCUUCUUAGUACCUUGUGAUAUAAACCUUUGUUUUAAUGGGUCAUUAUAAACUACUUUGCCUUUGCGACACUCGAUAGAAUAGUGCUCCUAUACACUGAUUGUCAGUCAAAGUCAAACUAAACUAUUAUUAACAUCAGCUCAGUGUACUGUCAGGUCCAACCUUUUUUCUCUACAUUUUAAGCGAAUGCUUAGAUCAGAAUAAUGCAGCUGACGAUACCCAGCCUGGCUUGUAGCUACAGAUUUGCUUUUCUGGCUAAAUUAGUCAGUACUGGGUUACUAAUCCUCUUGGGUGUCUUGUGUAAUCGCCUUCUAACAUAUUGGAAACGUUUUCUUUGAAGGAAAGAGAAAAGUUUAUAUUUUGUUGGUAACUUUGUGAAAACAUACCGAAGGAUAUUUUUUCUGCAUAAUUUGCCUCCAAGAUCGGUAGAAGUCUGUGGGUAUUGUCGUACUUUUGCCUAUCCUUAAACAGAGAACGGGAAAUACGCCUCGUGUUAAAAAUUUUUUACAUAUCGAACCGCUGGAUUAAAGUACUCAAGGGACAGUGAUCAUUGGGUAAAGAAUGUCAUACCAUUGUAGAGAAAGUAUUUACGCAAGAAAGGCUAGCUUGCAUAUUUAUAUAUUUUGAGAUUAUAAUUUUGAAAGAGAA